AUGAAGCAUAUGCAACACUUCUAUCUCAAGACAUAAGUUGGUCACUAAAUCUUUUUCCAAAAAAUAAUCAAGCAAAAACAUUUACUUAUCCCUCUUUUUUACGCCAUUUCAGAUAUGAAAGUUUAUGUUUAUGUUUAGAUUUAUGGUAUAGAAAUCAUUUAUUAAAUAUACAAGAAGAUAAAAUAGAUAAAACGAAGAAACCAUGGUUACCAUCUCUGUCUUCAUAUGCUAUUUCAGCAUUUGGCAGUUGGACUCAAAAGGAUUCAUUAAAUUAUACAUGGCUCACACCUCUUUAUAUUGAAAUUUUUAAAGUUUUUCUAAAUUGUGGUGCAAGAUUUGAAUGUCUUGAUCUUUAUUCUGAACAAGGUUAUCAACCUGUUGAUAUUAGAGUUUUAUUUGAAUUACCUGGAAUUGAAAAUUGUUUAGCGAAUCUUAAAGAACUUUCUCCUGCAGCAAUGGGAAGUUUUACUUCAAUUGAUUAUUAUUCUAAAUUAUGUCGAAAUGUCAAAUCCUUAAAAAUUGAAUCAUUAAAUAUUAAUGAAUCCACAAUAUCAGAAUUAAUUAAAACACAAGCCGCACUUGAACAUAUUUAUAUCGGAAAUUGCCCUUCUUACAGCCAUAUCAAUUAUGUGCAAACUUCAUAUGGAUAUUCCGGAUCAAACAAAGAAUUAUUUCUAGCCUUGUUAACACAAGCGAGUUCCCUUAAAUCUCUUGAAAUUAGGAAUUUAUUUGUUAAUGAAAUUCCUUCAUAUAAUUCUAAACAAAUAACUUGGGAUAAUUUAAAAUCAUUAACAAUAUAUUACGAUACUCAUCAUAAUUUAAUGAAGAUGCCAUUUGGUACAAAAUAUUUUCCAAAAUUACAAAAAUUAUAUAUAAGACAAAAUGUUUUUCCUGCUGAUCUUAUUGAAUUUAUUCAAAAUACCAAUAUUUCUUUAAAAGAAAUUCAUUUAAUAUUAAGACUUCAAUCAAGUGACAUUACGAAUGUCAUUCAAUGUAUUUCUAAUUUUUGUACAAAUCUUGUUCAUUUUGAAUCCACUGUUGAUUUUAAUGCUAUUCCUGCUUUAUUCUCUUUACUUCAAUCUUGUAAAAACCUUAAUCAUCUUUCAAUUUCAAAUCCUUUUAUUCCUUAUACUGAAGAUGAUUAUAGGAUGCUCUCUGCGUUUUUACCUUCUCAUUUACUUAGCUUUACUUUAAUUACUAACUAUAAAGAUAUUACUGAUGAAUCUUUUGGCAUUUUUCUUCAACAUUUAUGUGUAAAAUUGGAUUAUUUGGAUUUAAGUCAAUCUAAAAGAAUGAGCUGUCAAGUUCUUGAUGUAUUGUUGGAUAGUGCUAAAAUGAACAAAUAUAGAUUUCCAAAAAAGAUUUUUAUUAGCACUAAUCCUAUUGAUUAUUCGGAGAAAAAAGAAAAACUUUGUAAAUUAGAAGCCUUGG